AUGGUCUCUUCAUCUCACUUUUUUGCUGUCUUCCUCUUAAUUGCCAUGAUGACAGAAGUAAUGAGCCAACCAUCGGCAAGGAGACCAGAUUCUCAGAUUCUACAGGAUCUGUUUGGAUCAGAGAUCACUUCCCUCUUAUUGUCCCAGCCUGAGGUUACAGAAGGCUCAGCUCAAAACCCCACCCCCUCUGAGAGUGAUGGGCGUGGUCUGCCAGGACUCUUUGUGAUGGAAGAACCUCUCCACCUUGUGCCUCACCCAUUCCUGGAUUUCCUGAUGGGGCAGACGAAGUUGCGUGUACGGAACAGAAAGGGCUCUGCACGUGGCUGUUUUGGGAUUAAAGUGGACCGUAUCGGAGCGCUCAGUGGACUGGGCUGCUGA